AAUUUAUAGACAGGAAAAUAUCAAAGCCUACACAGAAAAAUAAUUAUACUAAUCAAAAGAUUUCAGAGGACUGUGAAAAAGCGCACGCCGGUCACAACAUCCGCAAAACAUCCUCCGAACCUCAAAGCAUGUGCUUUGCUAUUUGAGGAUCCACUCGGUGGACAUUCCCUAUCCGUAUUUCAAAUUUUGUCGGAGGCCAUGAUUCGCGGUCUAGAAGCAUAGAAUAUUUUACCGCUCAAGAUAGCAGAUUCUCUUUGUUCGAUGAGGAGAUGCUCAAGAAUUUAUUGACGAAUCCGGGUGUGGCUAUCGACAGAACCAUUCCACAAAAAAGAGUGUCAGAAUGAUGCGUCCUCAUUUCCUAACGACAAAUGGCCAACUCAUGUUCUCCCUCACAAAUAAAACAGGUUGCCAUUUUUCACGAAGCCACAGUCGGUGCAUUAUCCUCCCAAUUCGAUCUCUUCCCCGCAAUAGUAAACAAGCAUGAACUGUUCCGACCAAGACAUCCUUUUGCGACGCGGAGGGGUCGUCUCGCAACGGCCUGCCAACAAAGAGUACCACGAAAUUCUUAAGUCCAACGUCAUGAUGUACAAAGGCCUUCCCAAAGAAGGACGUGCACAAUUUGCCACCAACAUCUUUCGCUUCAUCCAUGACGUGGUUGGUCGCAGAUUCGUACAAUUUGACCACGAAACGGGGUCCUAUCAGGAGUUGCAGGAGACGGAGGCCAGUGUCAAAAUUUCCGCUGCAAUCCGCGAUGAUAAGAUCUCUAGGGCUGCGAACAAGUCCAAUCCACGGUGGAUCUUAGGUGUCCAUGAUCCUACGGGGACACAUAACGGCCAGCCAUUCGUCCACCGUAUUGAAGCCAACAAUACCUGGCGCCGGCUUUCGUCCAAUGAAACCGAUCAAGUUCUCAUCACAGAAGGAUUUCAGAAUCUUUUGAUUCUUCCGGAAGGUGUAAAAUUGCCUCCUUCUUUGGAGACGCGAUCAAGUGACUAUGCUAGCGCGGUCUCGGCCAGCGUUGUCAACCCCUUCACGAACGACGAUUGUUUUUUUAUUCCCAAAGACCGUCCCAGUCGGCGGUCUCCUAUGUGUACCGUAUCACAGCAAGUUGCCUUGGAACUUGGCUUCCAAGAUGCGGAGUCCUUCCAGCGAGCCUUAUCACUGCUAAUGGGGAAUCAGCAGCAGGCGAAAGCAUUUAUGCGGUCAAGAUCCAAAGUCACGCACCCGGUACCGACUGUCCCAUCGUAUGUUGAAUUCAUCUCGGACGCGGAUUCUUCAAUGACUGAAGACUCGGAUGCAGCUUCCACUUCGAUAGAGCCUCAUCCGUGGAAAAGGACUAGAAUCUGCAGUGUUGAUGAUUUGGACCUCAACAAAGUGCACGCGCUGGCGGGACAAGCGUUGGCACCGUCUGAUGAAUCCAGCUUGCGAGAUUUUUUAUUAAUCGACGCCAUUGAGCUUGACCUGCUCCAAACGUUUGAGGUGUGAUGAGGAUUUUCUGAAAAUCGAAGAUGUUGAGCUUGAUCUUGUCCAAACGUUGAUGAGGGUAGUUUCAUUGGAUUUAAUGAAUUUUUACAAUAACAUU